GGGAAGCAGAAGUGCAGAUCACCCCAGGAGAAGGGGUUGUGAUGGUGGCCAGGAUAGGUGUGACAGCAACAGGAGGCUGGUACACAGCCGUCACCCAGGCCCAGAAACGGGUAUGUGUGGGGCUGGCGGCCCGGGGUUGUGGGCAGAAGGGAACCAGGCAGCUCUGCCCCAAGGAGCACCUGCUGCAGCGGGGACAGUGCCUGCCCAGCUCCGCCCCUGCCAGCGUGGAGAAACGCCCUCCUGUAGGCGCCAGCAAGGGCCGUGGGAACUCAGGAGGCAAGACCAACCUCAGCCACAACACUGGGGGUCACUGGGAGCGUCUGGAGGAGGCCAAUCUGAGGGACAGUGGAGAGACUGAGCUUGGAAAGCAAGUGUGGCGGGCAGCAGGGGCUGGCGCCAGACCUCGGAGUGGAACAAACAGCAUGGCCAACAGGAGGCUACUGCACCUGUCCCAGCAACGCCAGCCACGUGGACAGCCAGCCCGCCAGCAGGUGAAACCCGGGACGUGGUGGGCGAGGGAAGAGGGAAGACCCAGAGUGAGGUGGCUGCACCGUGCCCUGAGCACUCCCUACUUGGCCAUGAGGCCACGAGAGCAACCACGUGUGCAGCUGGGGCCUGGGCCGGCCACAUGCAGAGGGAGGUCGGCGUCCUGGGCUGCAGCAAAGCCAAUCGCCCAAGGGGAUCCGCCCCCCAGCUUUGGACGUAACAGAUACAGGCAAAGGCUCCUUUGCUGCACGCCCCGCUCAGACCCCAAGCAGGAAGGAGAGGCCACGCCGUCUGAGGGCACCACCACCGAGGGCUCCGCCUGCCGGCAGCACGUCCCGACUCGAGUGAGGCGCCAACCCCGACAGCCCACAACGCGCCGAGAGCCGCCACCACCCUGGCAACAACCCGGUAACCACCUAUUCACUCAUUCCUGCGACGCCACAAAGGAGACACUGCUCCAGGCCCCGCCUGAGCCUUCUGCAGGGAGGGGAGGUCCCGGGGAGGUCCCUGGGAGGCAGCGGAGGGACACGGAAUCAGUCACCAGCCACGUGUGCUGGUGCGAAAGAGACCUGCGGGCCGCCACGUCUUCCCUCCCUCCUCUCCGAGCUAAAGCGUGAGACCCAUUCUU